AUGGACUUCAGCGACUCCCUGUGGGACGACCGCACCCCGAUGGAGCAGCUGCUGCUGAUGUGCCUGUGCUUCGGCCUGUUCCUGCUCAUGAUCAGCGCCACGUACCUGGCCUACUUCUCGCACACGUACAACCUGCCCGGCCGCCGGCACGUGUUCGGCAUGGAGUUCGACGUCUGCACCAAGGAAGUCUGUGUCGAGCACGCGCGCCUGCUCGAGUCCACGCUGAACCGUUCGGCCGAGCCGUGCGGCCACUUCUACGAGUACGCCUGCCACCGAUGGCCCCGCACGGUGGCCGCGGGGCUCACCGAGAACACGAGCAACGUGUGGACGCUGCUCAAGCGCAACGUCAUUGCCGAGCUCGAGGGCAUCAUGGCAAGACUCGUGAAACAGCGGAACGGCGGCGCAAAGCUGAGACCCGUGCAGGAGACCGCAGUUCAGUUCUACCAGUCAUGCACCAACUGGACGCUCCGCAACGCGGUCGGCCUGGAGCCCCUGCGCGACGUGCUCAGCAACCUGUCGGUGCGCUACUGGCCCCUGCUGGACGUGUACGGGGAGGAGUACAACGCGCCGCGCAUCCUGCUGCGGCUGCUGCUCAGGCUGCGGCUGGACGUGUUCGUCUCGCUGCGCGUGCAGCGAAGCCUGCGCAACCGCUCCCACUUCGUGCUCAACAUCGACAGCCCCCGGUUCGGCCUGCCCGAGGGACUACUGCGUUUCAACUACCCGGACAAGGGUGUCGUGCUGGACCACUACCACGACUUCAUCGUGCUCGUGGCGCGAUUCUUCCGCACCGACGUGCGCCUUUCCACCGUCGCCCGGGAGAUCGUCGAGUUCGAGGAGAACCUAGCCAUGACUGUCGAGGCAGUGUACAGCGAGAAGUCCUUCUUGUGGAGCGGAGCGGUGACCGAGCACUCGGUGCUAAACGACACAGUCAUGACUCCCUUCACUGAGAUCAUCGGCAAGGUCACGGAACGCCUCAGUGGCACCCACCGAGCCACUCCGGAGGUCGUGCUUUGGAGCAAGGAGUACCUGCAGUACCUUUCGCACCUGUUUCACCAGCCCGUCAUCAGGCGCCACCUGAUCAACUACAUGACGUGGCGCGUCAUCCUGGAGCUGGGCCCGUACACGAGCCAGCUGUUCCUGGACAUCCGGCAGGAGUUCCUGCGUCGCGUCGGGCUCGCCGCCAACGCGCCCCGCUCCGAGCACUGCCUGCACGACCUGCUCGCCGCGUUCCCGCACACGGCGGGCUGGCUGCUGAGGAACGAGUCCGGCUCGCUGCGAAACUCGCAGAGAAUAUUUUUAGACAAAUGA